CUUCACCAUCGCCCAACACACGAUGCCGCUCACAGAAUCAACCCUAAGCAAGGCCAAGAACGAGCUCGCUGCUGCCAGCAAGAAGGCCGGCGCGGACCCCACCUACGCCAUCUUCUACUCCUCCAGCGUGGGCGGGCAGCUGUGGUGUCCUGGAUGUAGGCAGGUCGAGAGCGUCGUUAAGAAGUCGUUCGAGGCGGCGGGCAAGCCGAACGGCACAAUAGUCUACGUCGGCAACAUCAACGAGUGGAAGGAUAAAGGCAACAAGGGGAGGACAGAGUACGGCCUGACGCAUGUGCCGACGAUCCUGCGGCUCGAGGGGGGCAAGGAAACUGGCCGCCUUGUCGGAGGGCAGAUCGCAAACUCGAGCCAUUUGAAGGCGUUGCUUACGGGCGGCGAGGUGCCGCGGUACGAGCCGUAGGGGGCGCGAGCUUACCGUCUGUUGUUGUGCCUACUGCUCCCCACAUGCAUACGAUCAUCGGCGAG